AGGAGGGUGUGUAAACUUCAGGCAGAAAGGAGAGGAUCUUGAGGGGGAGAAACCCCAGCAAGGGGUCAAGGGGGUCCUUCUCUGUGGUGGGAUCUGCAACAAAGGAGCACUGUUUAUACAAUCUGGACAAAAAUUAAAUGGCGUCUCUUGACAGAGUGAAGGUGCUAGUUUUGGGUGAUUCAGGUGUUGGGAAGUCUUCACUCGUUCAUCUGCUGUGUCAGAACCAAGUGUUGGGAAAUCCAUCAUGGACUGUAGGCUGCUCCGUGGAUGUACGGGUCCACGACUACAAGGAGGGCACUCCAGAGGAGAAGACCUAUUACAUUGAAUUAUGGGAUGUUGGCGGCUCUGUGGGCAGUACCAGCAGUCUGAAAAGCACCAGAGCCGUUUUCUACAACUCUGUCAAUGGUAUUGUGUUAGUUCACGACCUAACGAACAAGAAAUCCUCCCAGAAUCUGUAUCGCUGGUCCCUAGAAGCCUUGAACAAAGACUCCUCCCCAACGGGGGUAAUCGUCUCAAAUGGUGAUUAUGACAGAGAACAGUUUGCUGACAGCUCUGUGCCUUUGCUCCUGAUCGGCACCAAGUUUGACCAGAUCCCAGAGAACAAGAGGAAUGAUGUUCUCACCAGGACAGCUUUCCUGUCUGAAGACUUCAAUGCGGAGGAGAUCAACCUGGAUUGCACCAACCAAAGAUACUUUGCUGCAGGCACGUCCAACGCUGUGAAGUUGAGCAGAUUCUUUGACAAGGUUGUAGAGAAGAGAUACUUCACCAGAGACCCUAGUCAAAUGACAGGUUUCACAGAGAGGAAACGCUUCAACUUCAAAAGCGUUCACUACGACUGAGAGGUGGACAGUGCUGGGGCCUCUGGUUUCAACCUGAUUCAGUGCAGUCUCUCACUCAAUAAGUGAACCUUGUCUUGUCUUUUUUUCUUUCUUUAAAAAAAAUCUUGGUUAAAGGCCCAGUGCAGUCAAAAAUGUGAAUUUUCUGGGUUUUAUAUAUAUAUUUUUCACACUGAGGUUGAAAUAAUAUUGUGAUAAUUUCCUUUUAGUGUAAGAGCUGUUUGAAAACACUGAGUGAAAUCUCAGCUUGUUGUGGUGGGAUGUUUUGGCCUGGUGACAUAUACAUUAGUUAAUAAACCAAUAAGAACGCUCCAAACCUCUCUGUCAAUAAUAGCUAGUUUUCUCCUCCCCACUCAGACCACUCCCAGACAGUCCUAGCACAAUUCUUGAUUUAGAAAUAGCUUCUUAACCUCUGCAACAGUAACAUCCAUAUCCAUUAGGCUAGAGGACAGUAUUCCGCACUUGGCCCUGUCCUGUGUGUUUGUAUGUAUAGUACAGGAGAAGGCAAAGUGUGGAAUGCUGUUCUGGCCUAAUGGAUAUGGUCCUACUAGAAAAGCUAUUGUUCCAGAGGUUGCCAAUUUCAAACAAUCACAUUUGUUACCCAGAAAUAAUUGAGAGAAACUGCUGCAGUGGACCUAUAACACUGUGGUCAAACCCACUUGGCACUUAUUGCUAGAGUAGGGGUCUUAACCCCAUUGUCCUGGAUAAAUUCUCAACCUGGCCCCAUUUCCAUCAUGGCCACCUAAUCGUCCCCCUCAUUCCUCAUUGGCAUAUACAGUGAGCUCCAUAGGUAUUGGGACGGUGACACUUGUUGUUUUGGUUCUACUCCAGUACUUUGGAUGUGAAAAGGAUACAAUGACUGAGGUUAAAGUCCAGACUGUCAGCUUCAAUUUGAGGGUAUUUUCAUCCAUAUUGGGUGAACCUUUUAGAUAUUAUAGCACUUUUUCGACUGUCCCUCCAUUUUAGGGAACCAAAAGUCAUUGGGACAAAUUCACUUGUGUAUUAAAGUAGUAAAAAGUGUAGUAUUUGGUCCCAUAUUCAUAGCACGCAAUGACGACAUCAAGUGUGUGACUCUAUAAAUUUGUUGGAUGCAUUUGCUGUUUGUUUGGAUUGUUUAAGAUUAUUUUUGUGCCUAAUAGAAAUUAAUGGUGAAUCAUGUAUUGUCAUUUGAGUCACUUAUUGUAAAUAAGAAUAUAAUAUGUUUCUAAACACUUAUACAUUAAUGUGGAUGCUAACAUGAUUACGGAUAGUCCUGGAUGAAUCCUGAGUAAUGAUGAGCGUGAAAGUCUUGGUUAGCAUGUCUUGGGGUUCUGAUAUUUGUGCAUCUAACUUUCUCACUCAUUAUUCACGAUUCAUUCAGGAGUACCCAUAUUAUGACAUAGUAAGGAUGGGUUUCAAUUUAUUUUCCAAUAUGAAUUGUUAUAAGAAGAACAUAGAAUUCUGAAUACAAAUGUAACACGUUGACAAAAUGAA